UUGGCAAGGAAGAAGAGGAAGGAUGACUUAGCUUACACAUCUCUUCAUCGGCGGAAAAAAGAAGAAGCAAUUUUUCAUCUUUGGCUCUCUUUUGGGUUUUCCUUUUAGCUGAGCGCCAACGUUCGCGUGACGAUACAUCAUCAGCUUUUGCCCACUGAAGCAUGUUUUCGGCUUCUCUCUCGGUGUUACGCUUGGCAUCUUUUUUCUCCCAUCUUUUUUCCUUCACACCCUCUUUGUAAUUCUUCUUCGCUCUGGAAAGAAACAACUUCCGCAGUGGUGGAACGAUAGGAGAAUCUGAUUUGGUUUCCUUGGUCAAUCUCAAGUUCGGAUUUUUAUUUACUUCCUGGGUUUGACUGAGAGGUUGGAGGGUUCAGAGAAGUCAUCUACAACGAAAUACGAGAAGGUGGGAUUGAUUGGUCAGAAGGGUAUGGCUUUUUGCCCAAUCUUUUGUUGUGGAAAGGGUUCGGAUCGCAAAGCACGAGGGAAGGCACAACCAACAUGGCGAGUCUUUUCCUUAAAGGAGCUACACUCAGCUACAAAUAAUUUCAAUUAUGAUAAUAAACUUGGAGAAGGGGGAUUUGGCAGUGUUUACUGGGGCCAGCUUUGGGAUGGAUCACAAAUUGCAGUGAAAAGAUUGAAAGUUUGGAGCAACAAAGCAGAUAUGGAAUUUGCUGUUGAAGUUGAGAUAUUGGCAAGAGUUCGACACAAGAAUCUUCUUAGUCUGCGGGGCUAUUGUGCUGAAGGACAGGAACGAUUAAUUGUAUAUGACUAUAUGCCAAAUUUGAGCUUACUCUCUCAUCUUCAUGGACAACACUCAGCAGAAUGCCUUCUGAGUUGGAGCAGACGGAUGAGUAUUGCAAUUGGAUCAGCAGAGGGAAUUGCAUAUCUCCACCACCAAGCAACUCCACACAUCAUCCACAGAGAUAUUAAAGCAAGCAAUGUGCUCUUGGAUGCAGAUUUCCAGGCUCAGGUUGCAGAUUUUGGUUUUGCUAAAUUGAUCCCUGAGGGGGCAACACAUGUGACUACAAGAGUUAAGGGUACCCUUGGUUAUCUUGCACCUGAGUAUGCUAUGUUAGGUAAAGCAUCCGAGAGUUGUGAUGUCUACAGUUUUGGAAUUCUCUUGCUGGAACUUGCAACUGGCAGGAAACCAAUUGAAAAACUGAGUGCGACAGUGAAGCGCUCGAUAACCGAAUGGGCAUUACCGUUGGUUUUGGAGAAGAAAUUUAGUGAAAUUGUGGAUUCAAGACUAAAUGGUGACUAUCUGGAGGAAGAGCUUAAAAGGGUUGUUUAUGCUGCACUUGUUUGUGCUCAGAAUCAGCCUGAGAAGAGACCCAACAUGCUGGAGGUGGUAGAGCUAUUGAAGGGAGAAUCUAAAGUUAAGUUUUCUCAGCUAGAGGAUCAUGAACUUUUCAGAAGCCCUCAACCUGCUGAUUCCAACGACGAUAGGAUACAAGCUGCUGAAGAUAGUUCUGACUUCAUAUCAGCAGAAAAUGAAUCAAAACCUGAGUUGAAGGAGAACCCUGAGCCAUAAAUUAUGCAGUAUUCUGAAAGUGGUAUAAGUGCAGGUUGUGAAGCUUCCACUAAUUGCUGUUUAUUAUAGUUGCAAGGCUAGUACCAUUUAUAUUGGGUGCCAUGGACAUUUCUUCUUUAGAGCAACUGAUGUUUGUGCAGUUUUUUUCCUUCCUUUUUUGGUUAUCAGUUUUCGGGUUUUACUUGCCGUGCUAUUUCAUUUAAUUUGGACAUAGUCAUCUGAGAAAUUGUUACAUGCACUUCAAAAGGUCAAUAGUUUGUAAAUCUGCAUUGCAUCUUGUUUAUGUACAUCAUGCUGUGCCUUUCAAGGCUUCAUGUACGAGAUGGAAACUUUGUAUAGCAAGUUGUUUGUU